AUGAUAUCGAAAACGAUCCUCUAUGGCCUGGUCCUUACCAGCAGCGCACCAGCAGCUCUGGCCGAGACUUACACGGUGCGCGCCGGCGACGAGGUCGGUUUCGGGAUCAACGAACACUUCGGCCACCCGGGAAUCCAACAGGUGUAUCUAUCUAGAGCACCCGAAGGCGUUGCGGCCGCUGACUACGACGGGUCUGGGGCCUGGGCUAGGGUCUACUCGCUCACAUCGUCGCCAACCAAUUCCACCAAUUCCUCUUCUACUAAUGACGACGAGGUUCCCUCGUGGGCCACGCACAACAUCGAAACUUUCCGGUUCGCGCUGCCGACUUCGACUCCGCCAGGCGAGUACCUCCUCCGAGCCGAGGGAUUGGCCUUACACGCGGCGCAUAAACGGGCGCAAGCCCAAUUCUACGUGUCGUGCGCACAGAUUAAAGUCGUUGCGGGGGAGGAAGAUGUGACUAAUCUGGGCGCGGACGUAAGGGAGGAGGAUCUUGGUCCGCUAGUCAAAAUUCCCGGGGUGUACAGGGGAGAUGAGCCGGGGGUACUGAUCCCGGUAUUCUGGUCUUCCUUGACGAAUUACACGGCUCCUGGACCGGCUCUGUGGCCGGAGGGCACGCAGGAACAGCAUGUUGCUGAACAGAUUUAG